ACUACAGAAAAAACGUUGCUACUCUAUAGUUGACUUUAUGUUAUUUCUGAUCGGCUUUUGUUGUUAAUAGCAAAUAAAUCUGUAUUAUGAAAGAAGAAAGUGAAAAAUACUUAGAAGUAUUAAAGCGCCAGUUUUUGUGUGGCUAUCCACUUCAUUGCAUUGACUGGGAGGGCAUUCCAACUGACUUGACAUGGGAUCAACAAAAGUUAUUUGUAGAGAAUACAGUGCUUAAUUCACUAAACAAACAAUAUCCAUUAAAAAUUAGCUAUCAACUGAAUUUUCUAAAACGUCUGUUGCAAUAUUUGGAAAAGUCUUAUGACGAAGUGCAUGAUAUUGUUUAUGAAAGUUUUUGUGCCGUACAAACACUUGUAGCUAAAGAUGCAACAGAAAAAUAUGCCUACAAACAUUAUCUGCAACCCGCACUUGAUGUCACACUUACAAUGCGUGAAUCCAAGAGUUUUGUUGCCGAAGGCACAACCGGAUUAUGCAGUUGGCAAGCUUCAAUAGCGCUGGCAGAUUAUUUGGUGCAAAAUAGUGAUAUCGUUAAUAAUAAGUGUAUUUUGGAAUUGGGCGCUGGUACUGGAUUAUGUGGAAUGAUUUUGUUGCAGUGCUGUGAUGUGCGACACAUAUUACUCACUGAUGGCAGCAUGGAAUGUAUUGAACUUAUGAAAGAGAAUGUGUGUCGAAACUUUAAAGGAAUCGUUGAGCUUUGCAGCGGAGAAUAUGAAUUUAAAGGCAGAUGGUUAAACUUAAAGCAAUUGCAAUGGGAUGCUAUAGAUAAAAUGAAAUGGCCAAAUAACAACAGGACCGAUAUCAUAUUAGCAGCAGAUGUGGUUUAUGAUGACACCGUAUUCGAAGCUCUAACGUACGCCAUUGACUUUGUAUUCAAACUGAGAAAAGAUAAAUGCGAAAUGUUGCUUGCUGCCACCGUAAGAAAUGAGUAUACGCUACAAAAGUUCUUAAAUAUGAUCUUGGCAUUAAAAUUCCUGGUCGUGGAAAAAGAUGUGAUACCUUUGGACAAAUGCAAUUUUUAUUGGGAUCGCACAACACCUGUGAAAAUAUUCCAUAUAACACGCAAUAGCUAGUUAAUAUAUAAAAAUUUCA